UACUCGGUUUUCGACCUCCACGGUCUGGACUCUCGAUAUUCGACCUCAGCGGUCUCGACUCUCGGUUUUCGACCUCUUGCGGUCUCGACGCUCGGUUUUCGACCUCAUUGGUCUCGACUCUCGGUUUUCGACCUCUUGCGGUCUCGAUUCUCGGUUUUCGACCUCAGCGGUCUCGACUCUCGGUUUUCGACCUCUUGCGGUCUCGGCACUUGGUUUUCGACCUCCACGGUCUCGAUGCUCGGUUUUCGACCUCAUUGGUCUCGACUCUCGGUUUUCGACCUCCGCAGUCUCGACUCUCGAUUUUCGACCUCUUGCGGUCUCGAUGCUCGGUUUUCGACCUCAACGGUCCCGACUCUCGGUUUUCGACCUCCGCGGUCUCGGCUCUCGGUUUUCGACCUCAACGGCCCCGACUCUCGGUUUUCGACCUCCGCGGUCUCGAUUCUCGGUUUUCGACCUCAUUGGUCUCGACUCUCGAUUAUCGACCUCUUGCGGUCUCGAUUCUCGGUUUUCGACCUCAGCGGUCUCGAUUCUCGGUUUUCGAGCUCAACGGUCUCCCGAUUCUCGGUUUUUGACCUUAUUGACAAAUCUUUCAGUUUUCGACCCCGGUAUCAGAUCAUCCAGUUUCCGACCUCCGUGGUCUUUUGGUUUUCGGUCUUGAGAUCUCAGAGCUCGUUUGGAGGAUAUUUCAGUGGUUAUUCAAUGGUUAUUCGACUUUCGAUGCUCGAUCUUA